AGCAGCCACCCAGCAAUUGAUCUCAGCCGUUGAUCUUUUGAGUCCAGGUCACUUUAGGGUUUAUAUUUUCAGCUAUGUUGCACUGGCUCCUCUUAAGGCCAUAGCCGUCGACUUUCCUCUUCUCUCUACUCCCUUCCUAGCAGAUCGAGGAUCAGCAAUGGCCUUUGUCAAGGCUCAGAAAACCAAGGCUUACUUUAAGCGGUUUCAGGUCAAAUUUAAGAGAAGAAGAGAAGGGAAGACCGACUAUAGAGCCAGGAUUCGCCUGAUCAAUCAGGACAAGAAUAAGUACAACACUCCAAAGUACCGAUUUGUUGUGCGAUUUUCCAAUAAGGACAUUGUCGCACAAAUAAUAUCAGCUAGUAUUGCUGGAGAUAUGGUUCUUGCUGCUGCCUAUUCUCAUGAGCUUCCUCGAUAUGGACUGGAAGUGGGUCUGACAAACUAUGCAGCAGCCUACUGCACUGGACUUCUGUUGGCCCGUCGUACUUUGAAAAUGCUUGAAAUGGAUGAGGAAUACGAGGGGAACGCAGAGGCUACUGGGGAGGACUUCUCAGUUGAACCAGCUGAGAGCAGGAGGCCUUUCCGUGCUUUACUUGAUGUUGGGCUGGUCAGGACCACAACUGGAAACCGUGUAUUUGGUGCUCUCAAGGGAGCUCUAGAUGGUGGUUUGGAUAUUCCUCACAGUGAUAAGAGGUUUGCUGGAUUUUCAAAGGAUGACAAACAACUUGAUGCAGAAGUUCACCGCAAGUAUAUCUAUGGUGGUCAUGUUGCUGCAUAUAUGAGGACUUUGAUGGAGGAUGAGCCAGAGAAAUACCAGCUUCAUUUUAGUGAAUACAUCAAGAGGGGAAUUGAGGCAGAUGGCAUGGAGGAGUUGUACAAGAAGGUUCAUGCAGCAAUUCGUGCUGAUCCCACUUGCAAGAAAUCAGAAAAGCAACCACCUAAGGAACACAAGAGGUACAAUUUGAGGAAGUUGACUUACGAGGAAAGGAAAGCUAAGUUGAUUGAACGAUUGCAGGCACUUAACUCUGCUGCUGAUGAUGAUGAGGAUGAUGAGUAGAAGGAUAUUAUCAGCAUUUGAGCUCAAAUAUACCUUGGCACGCAUGCCCAAGUUUUAUUUGGAACCUACUAUUUCGUUUUUUUUUUUUUUUUUUUUUUUUUUUUUGUUAUUGCGCUGUCAACUAUCACUUUUUAGAUAACGAGAUAUUGGAUGUUUUAGUUUGGUAUGAAAUGCAACUUCAGUUUUGACU